UUUCCUUGGCAGCAGGAGGCUAAAAGAAAGGACAGAAGUGACUCUGGCUGUGAUGGGGAUCUUACUGGGCAUGCUGCUACUGGGGCACCUAACUGUGAUUACCUAUGGUCACCCUAUCCUGGAAGCACCAGAGAGGGUGACUGGGCCCUGGAAAGGGGAUGUGAGUAUUCCCUGCACCUAUGGUCCUCUAGAAGGCUAUACUCAAGUCUUGGUGAAGUGGCUGGUACAACGGCACUUAGAUACAGUCACCAUCUUCCUAAGAGACUCCACUGGUGACCAUAUCCAGCAGGCAAAAUACCGAGGCCGCCUGCAUAUUCGCCAUGGGAUUCCAGGGGAUGUGUCCCUCCAACUGGAUACUAUCGAGAUGGAUGAUCGAAGCCACUACAUGUGUGAAGUAACCUGGCAGACCCCUGAUGGCAAUAAGGUGGUGAGAGAUAAGAUCAUUGAGCUUCAAGUCCAGAAACUCUCUGUCUCCAAGCCCACAGUGACAACUGGCAGUGGUUAUGGCUUCACAGUGCCCCAAGGAAUGAGGAUCAGCCUUCAAUGCCAGGCCCAAGGUUCUCCCCCAAUCACUUAUUCUUGGUACAAGGAAGAGACUAAUAACCAGGAACCCGUCAAAGUAGCAACUUUGGGAACCUUGCUCUUCAAGCCUGCAGUGGUGGCUGACUCAGGAUCUUAUUUUUGUACUGCCAAGGGCAGAGUUGGUUCUGAACAGCGCAGUGACAUUGUAAAGUUUGUGGUUAAAGACUCUUCAAAUCUACCCGAGACCAAGACUGAGACAUCUACAACCACGCAAUCCUCCAUGGAAGCAACAACCUGGGAAGUGGCCACUGAAGUGACCCCAUCCUUGGACAGCACCACUGAAGUGGAUAGAUUCUUUGGGGAGACCGUUGCUGAACUAGGAAGGGGUCUACCUAUGUUUUCCAUCAUCCUCAUCAUCCUCUUGUGCUGCAUGGUUGUUUUCACUAUGGCUUAUAUCUUACUCUGCCGGAAGACAUCCCAACAAGAGCACAUCUAUGAAGUGACCAGGAUGCAUCCCAGGGAGGCCAGUGACCCUGAAGAAACCAUGAGAGUGUCCGUCUACACAACUGGCUGCUCCAGCAAUGAGCCAUAUUCCCAGGCUCUGAGUAAUGAGUAUUCUGAUGAUCCCUGCCUGGGCCAUCAGUGCCAGAUCAUUGCCCAGAUCAACGGUGACUAUGCCCGCCUACUGCACACAGUACCACCAGAUUAUGAAGUGCUGGCCACUCAAGGCAAGAACGUCUGCUAAAAAUGUCCCACAAGGUCAAGAUCUGCUGGCUUAAUUGCCCUAUUCAGGUCUUUCCUUCUGUAUAUAGCCUCUCUGCUACCUCUCUUCCUGGAUCAUUCAGUGUCUAUCCUGCUGAAGCUGUAGUCCUUGAAUGGGACUGGCUCUGCCUAUGAAAUUUUGGUAUGCACUGCAAGCAAGCCAACUGGACUCUUCUUGUGUCACUUCCUGAUGUAUUACUGCUCCUUUCCAAACACCAGAGAAUGGCCCAUGGUACUAGAGCUUGGUCAGAAUGCUUCCAGUGCUAUCAGAAGACCAGAGAAGGUUCAGUUCUACCAGCUCAAAGGAUCAACAUCAUUUCCCAUUUUCCAGGGCCUGGCAACUUUUAAGUGAUGUCAUGUCAUCACAGGCUAGGGUUCAGAUUUGCUGCUACAUAAUAAGUCUUUUGCUCUGGUAUUCUUUUGGUGCUCAAUAAAUAUCUAAUCAUGAUGGCAACCUCAGUUGUUAGUCUUU